CGCAGCGGUCCGUAGGUUUGCCCAAGAUGGCAGCCCUGGAGGAGGAAUUCACGUUGUCUGCGGUACCCUUGGGUGCCGGGCCUGAUGGACUCCUCGGAGUGGAGCAGAGCGACAAAACAGACCAGUUCUUAGUGACGGACAGCGGCAGGACUGUCAUCCUUUAUAAGGUUUCUGAUCAGAAGCCCUUGGGGAGCUGGUCAGUGAAACAAGGUCAAAUUAUAACAUGUCCAGCUGUGUGCAACUUUCAGACGGGAGAGUACAUUGUUGUACAUGAUAACAAGGUUUUGAGAUUAUGGACUAAUGAAGAUGUAAACCUGGAUAAAGUAUUUAAAGCUACAUUGUCAGCUGAUGUAUACAGAGUACAUUCAAUACAAGGGACAGAACCUUUGGUGUUAUUCAAGGAAGGUGCGGUUCGUGGUUUAGAGGCCUUGCUUGCGGAGCCCCAGCAGAAAAUUGAAACUGUUAUCUCUGAAGAAGAAGUAAUUAAGUGGACGAAGAUUUUUAUGGUGUUUAGGCAUCCUGUUUUAAUCUUCAUUACUGAAAGACAUGGAAAUUACUUUGCUUAUGUACAAAUGUUUAACUCACGUGUCUUAAGCAAAUACACACUCUUAAUUGGACAAGAAGAAAAAUCCGUUAUACAGAGUUUUGCUGCAUCUGUGGAUCGGAAGUUCAUCUCUUUGAUGUCAUUAAGCUCUGAUGGGUGCAUAUACGAAACCUUAAUACCGAUACAUCCGAGCGAUCCUGAAAACAAUCAGAAUCAGAAGGUGGUCAGUUCACUGUUGCUCCAGACUGUAGCAUCUGGAAACGCCCGCCGUGGCCUUGCGCUUGCCGUCCUGGAUCAAGACCACGUAGCUGUCCUGGGACCACCACUGCCAGCUUCUCGAGAAUGCCUCUCCAUAUGGAACACAAAAUUUCAAACACUACAGAUUUCAAAAGAAUUACCGCAAGGUACCAGUGGUCAACUCUGGUAUUAUGGAGACAAUUUGUUUAUGCUACAUGGGAAAUUUCUAUCUGUGAUUCCAUACAAGUGUGAAGCGUCGUCAUUAGCAGGUGCUCUCGGAAAACUCAAGAACAGUCAAGAUCCAGGCGCUCACACCAUGCCUCAGUUUGUAAACUGGGAAACCUCCCAGGGGUCUGGACUCGGAUCCCAGAACUCAGAGUCAUCAAAGAGAGUUUUAAGAAGAAGGAAAAUGGAAGCAAGUGUACAGCCAGAGGUUCCAGCAUCCAAACAACUUUUAUCAACUAUAAAGGAAGAUUCAGAAAAACACAUUGAAGUAGAACUACGUAAAUUUUUGGCUAUUAAGCGGACACCUGACUUUCAUACAAUCAUUGGGGACAUAGUAAUAGGACUUCUGGGAAGAUGUAAAACAGAACCAUCAUUUUAUCCCCGAAACUCUCUGAUGCAGCUUGUCCAAAUGCAUGUGCUUUCUUACAGCUUGUGCCCUGGCUUGAUGGAGGUUGCCUUAGAAAGGACGGACGUGCAGAUGCUACAGCUCUGCCUGCAGCAGUUCCCCGACAUCCCUGAAGCGGUCACCUGUGCUUGCUUGAAGGUUUUCUUGAGUGUUGGUGAUAGCACACUUCAAGAGACAAGCAUCAAUAUGGACUCAGUUUCCGACUACAGCGAUGCUGCACAUGACGAGAAAAUGGAAGCGCAAACUGAAAUUCUCCAGAACGGCUUCAACCCUGAAGAAGACAGCUGUGAUAACUGUGAGAGAGCACUGAAGGAAAAGCCUCAGGCCACCGUGGAGGAGACCGCCUCAUGCCCUGUGAUACCAAAAAGAGCAGCUCUGCUAAACGCAAUUCUUCGUUCUGCAUACAGUGAAGCCUUUCUCCUGCCUCACUUGAAAGACAUCCCAGCGCAGCAUAUCACUCUCUUUCUACAGUAUUUGUAUUUCCUUUAUUUGAAGUGUAGUGAAAAUGCUACUAUGACUCUCCCGGGAGUGCACCCUCCAACCCUGAACCAGAUUAUGGAUUGGAUAUGCCUCCUUCUAGAUGCUAAUUUUACUGUUGUGGUAAUGAUACCAGAAGCAAAGAAGCUACUGUUGAGUCUUUACAAGUUUGUGAAAUCUCAGAUAUGCAUUUGUUCCGAGCUCAACAAGAUUGAAGUAAGUUUUCGUGAACUGCAGAAAUUAAAUCAAGAAAAGAAUAGUAGAGAAUUAUAUUCAAUUGAAGUACUGGAACUCUUCUGAUAGUACCAGUUCUCUUUCAUAGACAUUUUAUGAAGCUCUUUUGAAAGUGAGUUCUUCCUACUCAUCCAGGCAAGAGAUGUGUUUUGUUCAUGACUGUCUCUCAGCAGCAAGAGAAAUGCAUCGGUACCUAGACCAUCACUUACCGAUGCUCCUUUGGACUGCAGGUUUCAUGCAAACGUACUCUAGUUUAUGGACGUUGGUUGGGAGAGGUUCUGAAACUUUUAAAAAAUAUGUAACUGAGCUAAUUUUAAGUAAACUUAUUUGUGGUACUUAUGAAAGUCAGAUUUCUUAUCACAUGUUUUAAAUAGCUCUUUUAAUAAAAAAAAAAAUCACCAUUGAAACAGUGA